AUUGAAAUUGAAAUGGGCAAGGUUCGCUUUAUUCAAGACAAAGACUACACAUCCUUCUUCACUUGAGGGUUCUACCGACCAAACCAUCGCUACUACCUAGUUGACGAAAAUGACAAGAUCUUGUUCACAAUUGAAGAGGACAGAAGCACAUUUACCAAAUUUUGUUGUAAUAAUGACAUGGGGUCAUGCAAAGCUAUUCUCUAUCUUGGCUAUAAACAUGCAGAGAUCGCUCAUUAUCAGAAGGAUAUUACAAUUCCUUCAUGAUUUUGUAAUCUGAAAAGACCUACGACUAAUAUUAUCGACCCCAAUACUACUCUAAGCUUGGGGAAAAUAACAAAUCCUGUUGGAAAAUGGUUCUCUUGUAAAGGCCAGAUAGUCGAAGUCAGAGAUUCUCACGACAAACUUUGAUAUGAGCUGUAUAAUGACUCAUUCUGAGUGCCAUUUUUCUGAUGUCCUCUACCUUUAAAGUACUUCAACUCUGCAUCUUUCAAAAUUAACUUUCCAUCAGACGCUUUGAUGGAAGGUGAGACCAAAGAGAUGAAUAAUAAUCUUGACCUUACCAAAGAAUAUUCUGACUGAGCUGGAGAAUGGUGAAGUGCCACAGUUUUAUUUGAAUUUAACACCAUCAGCUCAUGGACAAACUUUGAUUAUGCGAGAUUCUUAGCAGCGCUGCAUAUGAUGACCACUAUGUACUUCCACGAUUAGGGGAAUUUAGACUACGAAAUCUUACUUUUCAAUACUAUUUUGACA